UGAGCCUUCAAGUUUAGCGCACAUCUCAUCCUUGUUAUACUUAAUUAUUGAACUUUUUUACAUUCCACGCUAUAGACUUUGGGACUGCACAUAGAAUGACUGCGCACAUCCACUAAACAAUCAAACUGCCGCAAUGUCGCUGACUAUUACCUCGGAAGGCAUAGGCCAUGAUGAUGCUGGUAAUCGUCGCGAGAGAUCUUGGCUGUUCCCAUCGAAUCGCAAGCUUCGCCAUCUACAAGGCAUCUCAAUCCGUAAUCUUGUUGUCGAGCCCCCGAGCAGGACUCGGGGGAAAACUAUUGAUGACGAAGACAUCCCCAACUCGUUCCAAUCGCCGUCGAAGAUUCUUGCACAGGAUGCGAGUCGCCCCCUGAACCACUCUCGCUCGUUCACAAAUCUAAAAUCUGUCAAUGCAGCCGGCGAUAAGUGUAUUAGUCGGGAGCCACCUCCCCAGCGACAGCCACAAAGGCGAAACACUUUACCUUGGAGCGAUCCCAAUCCGCGCACAAGACAAGUAAAACUGGAGGACAUUACGAGGAGUCGAAUGGCAGAUACCUGGUUCUCCAUGCAUUGCGAUAAGAUCGAAGAGCCGGUGUAUGUAAGCGAGGUCGUGAAGGAUGCAACGAACCCCAGCUUCCAGUCCUUCGACCUGAACAUGCGCGGGCCCUUGGUCUCGCGAUCGGAUAACCUUACUCUCAAGCUAUGGGCGAAGACUGCUGCUAUGGAAGAGUAUAUGCUGUUGGUGGAACUGCAGUUACAUCUACAGUCCCUACAGUAUUUGGGAAAGUCGUUGGAUAGCUUCCACCAACCGCUACCGUCGAACUCUGUUCUUUUCCAUUUUGCGGACGGUGUCUAUGGGAAUCUGACUGACCUUCCGCCGGUUUGGGUACCUUUGCCUGCGAAAGCAUCCAAAGCUUCUGAUAGGAAUGCGCUGCCGACUUCGUCCUACGACGCGCUCAUGCGGCUAGCAAACCUAGAUGAGUGCAUUCAAGAUGCACUAAUCACUAGGGACAAGUUGGAGGCUCAGAUAAGUUCCAUUCUAGACAGGAACCAGAAAGCUUUUGCCGUGACUAGCGAGGCUUCACGAGCUCGGGAUAAAGUGGCCCUGACGAAACAGGCAGUUGUGUCUGAGAGGAAACAACUUCGCUUGGCUAGCAAACGUAAGGAAGAACUGAUCGCUAGUUUACGCGCGAGGAGGGAGGCUAUGGCGCGUGGGCGCCAGACACAAGAAAGAGCUCGUAGUCAUCUUCCCGAUGCGCAGGAGAAGCUGCGCUCCAGCACUAAACUAUUGGAAAAGGAGACAGAAGACUCCAAAGGCCAAAUCCGGCGCAUCUCAGAGGAUCUGCUAGCCAUCUAUCCCAUUGAGCCGAUCCCCGACAAACCGCUCGCGUUUACCAUCGCGGGCAUUGCCCUGCCGAACUCGAACUUCACCGAUAUUCAUCGGGACGCUGUUGCAGCCGCCCUGGGGUAUACUGCACAUUUGGUUUAUCUCCUGUCUUUCUAUCUAUCCGUAUCCAUGCCUUAUCCGAUAAAUCCGUAUCUCUCCAACUCGCAGAUCCAGGACCCAGUGUCAAUCUCACUCCCGCAACGGACGUACCCACUGUACCCGGUCAACGUCCAUUACCGGUUCGAAUAUGGGGUGUUUCUGCUAAAUAAAAACAUCGAAUUCCUCCUGAAUAAGCAGGGCAUACGAGUGCUUGACAUCCGACAUACGCUCCCCAACUUGAAGUAUCUGCUGUACGUGCUGACUGCAGGGACAGCAGAAAUCCCCGCACGGAAGGCUGGGGGGAUUCGAGGCCUGCUACCGGGCCGGUUGACCCCCAGUAUGUCAAGACGCGGGAGCGAAGACAGCGUUGCAUACAGCGAAUCCAACUUACCCCGGAAAAUGAUGAGUUCGUUGGCGAAAUCCAAUGGGGAUGUCGCGCUUGACAAGGGGAAGAAGCGUAUCCCUGUCUUGAACACGACGUCUGCUUCUCAGGUGGCCUAAACCCGGCCCAGUCCCUCGUGGUGGUUUAGAUCUGCUUAAAGGGGGCUGGCUUAUCUUGCUGACCCGUGGGCGUCUCCGCCGUGAUCAUUUCUUCUCUUUCCUUUUUCUUCAACUUGUCUAACCAUGAUCUGGGUGGAAUAUAUUUUGCAUAUGUAAGCA